UGUGCCACCCCGCCUCUAUAAAUCGCUUCGUCUGAGCCUCCUGGUGCCACUUUGUAAUCAGCUUCAGAGGAUUUGUUCACGCACGGAAACACGCAGACGCCAAACAUGAAGCGCGUCGGGUUGAAUAUUCUGGUCAUAUCGUUUGCCUGCCUCGUUUCAGCUCAGGUCGCAAAAAAAUGUCCCCCGCCACCUGAAUACCCGCAAACCAGACUGGCCCAGAUGUACGCCGGCAGACGGAGCUUCGGCACCGGGGAGAAGGUUUACUUUGACUGCGCCGAGGACUUCACUCCAUCCAGAGGCAUCCGAGUCGUGCAGUGUGUAGAUGGAAGAUGGACCAAACUGACUCUAAAAUGCGAAAAGAAAUCAUGUGGCAAUGCUGGUGAUCUUCUCAAUGGGCAGUUCGAGUACGAAGGGAACUCGUACAUCGGGGAGAAAGUUUAUGCUGUGUGCAAUGAGGGAUACACCCUGAAAGGACUCAACUAUCUGGUAUGCAAGAAGUCUGGCUGGACCGGUGAAGUUCCUGCUUGUGAAGUCUCCACAGGCGCAGAGCCCACCUGCUCGGCCCCAGCAGUGGCCAACUCUGUGAGCAGUGGUGGAGAUGUUUACCAGGUUGGAGAAAGUGUGAACUUCACCUGCCACCAGGGUUUCCAGCUAGAUGGAGCUCAGCAGAUCACCUGUGGUCCUGGCGGCCAGUGGCAGACUCAACCCCCUCGGUGCCUGCCCUCACCUGAUGAUAAACCUCAGCUGGCAGACAAAGAAACUUCAGCAGGCGAAUGUGGUGUGCCAGCAACUGUCCGCAACUCCAACGCCAACCUUGCCGACAAGUACUUCGGAGUGGAAUCCUUUGCUUCCGGUGACAGAGUCCAUUACGUGUGCGACGUUGGAUACGUUCAAGCAGGUGGCAGCAGAUACCGCAAAUGUGUCGCGGGAACGUGGACGCCGCUGCUGCUGAGAUGUGAACGGAAGCCAUGUGGCUCUGCGGGAGAGAUUUUAAAUGGACAGUUUAUAUAUACUGGAGUGGAGUUUGGAGACACUGCUACAGCUGUCUGUGAUGAGGGGUAUCAACUUAUUGGACAGGCAACCAGAAACUGCUUGAGUAAAGGCUGGGAUGGACGCGUUCCUGUCUGUGAAGCUGUGCAGUGUGAACAACCUCCAGAAGUGACGAAUGCAGAGAUGAUUGGCCGUGAGGAACCACCUUACGCAUACGGGAGUGCUAUUCGGUAUCGGUGUCGUGUGGGAACCCUUGAUGGACCAAGAGAGAUUUGGUGUACCAAGGAUGGGACGUGGAGUUCUCCCCCUCCAACAUGCAAAGAAAUAACAUGCCCAUCUCCAAAUGUGUUUGGCGCCAUCUGGUUGCAAUCUGCGUAUGGGCUGCAUCAAUACAGGGCCACUAUCUCAAUUGAGUGCAUGAGGGGUUACACACAGAUUGGCCCACGCGUUAUUACCUGUGGUAGUGAUGGCCGAUGGUCCCCUGGCCUCCCCAAAUGUGCACCCCAAUCACGUCGUGCCUACUGGAAGAGACAAUAUGCUAGCUGAAAUGUGAAACCACAAUAUUCCAGCCAACCUGCUUAAACCAUAUAACAGUUUUCAGGGGAGGAUGGAAAUAAUGGCCUCCUAAGCAAAGCUGCACGAUGGCUUCCCUCAAUGAAAGAAAUCCUUCUUAAAAUCCACUUGUAAUAAUGCAGAAUGUAGCGUUUAUAUUUUCUUAUUUGCUCAUAGCUUGUAUGAACUCAUUAUACAGACAUUAAAAUAUGUUUUGAAAUGAA